AAAAUUUAAGAGCUUCCUCUUUCUUCUAUCGAGCCUUGGUCCUGAGUCUUUCAGCACUAAGCCUAGGAAAUUGAGAGACUUAUACCUGCUGUUCGUCUUUAUUCCUAAGGGUUUCUUUUCCUUGUAAAGCAAUUUCUGUACAACUUCCGUUUCCAGUUGACUCGUUGCCUUGGAAACGAAGAGACACAACAAUUUCGGUAGUUAUGGCGGGCCUGAGCUGUGGGCAGGUCCCUGACGGGGAGUUCACCGCGGUGGUGUACCGACUCAUCCGCGACGCUCGCUACUCGGAAGCUGUGCAGCUGCUGGCCGCUGAGCUGCAGCGCAGCCCAAAGAGCCGCGCGGGUCUGUCGCUACUGGGCUAUUGCUACUACCGCCUGCAGGAGUUCAUGCUAGCCGCAGAGUGCUAUGAGCAGCUGAGUCAGCUGCACCCAGAGCUCGAGCAGUACCGCCUGUACCAGGCCCAGGCCCUGUACAAGGCCUGCCUUUAUCCAGAGGCCACUCGGGUCGCCUUCCUUCUCCUGGAUAACCCGGCCUACCACAGCCAGGUCCUCCGCCUGCAGGCUGCUAUCAAGUACAGCGAGGGUGAUCUGCCAGGGGCCAGGGGCCUCAUAGAGCAGCUGCUGAGUGGGGAAGCAGGAGAAGAGAGUGCAGGAGUGAACGACCACGAUGGCCAGGUCAACCUGGGUUGUUUGCUCUACAAAGAGGGACACUAUGAAGCUGCGUGUUCCAAGUUCUUUGCAGCCCUGCAGGCCUCAGGCUACCAGCCAGACCUUUCCUACAAUCUGGCACUGGCCCAUUACAGCAACAGGCACUAUGGCCCAGCUCAGAAGCAUAUCUCUGACAUAAUUGAGCGGGGCAUCCGCCAGCACCCUGAGCUCGGUGUGGGCAUGACCACUGAGGGCAUAGAUGCUCGCAGUGUCGGCAACACCUCAGUCCUGCACGAGACCGCUCUUGUUGAAGCCUUCAACCUCAAAGCAGCCAUAGAAUACCAGCUGAAAAAUUAUGAGGCCGCUCAGGAAGCCCUCACUGACAUGCCUCCUAGGGCAGAGGAAGAGUUGGACCCUGUGACCCUGCACAACCAGGCCCUCAUGAACAUGGAUACCAGGCCCACAGAAGGAUUUGAGAAGCUACAGUUUUUGCUCCAACAGAACCCCUUUCCCCCAGAGACUUUUGGCAAUCUCCUGCUGCUUUACUGCAAGUAUGAGUAUUUUGACCUGGCAGCAGAUGUUCUGGCAGAAAAUGCCCAUUUGACUUACAAAUUCCUCACACCCUAUCUCUAUGACUUCUUGGAUGCCAUGAUCACUUGUCAGACAGCUCCAGAAGAAGCCUUUGUUAAGCUGGAUGGGCUGGCUGGGAUGCUGACUGAGCAGCUCCGGAAACUCACCAAACAGGUACAGGAAGCAAGACGCAAUAGAGCUGAUGAUACUGUCAUAAAGGCAUUGAAUGAGUAUGACGAAACUCUUGAGAAAUACAUUCCCGUGUUGAUGGUCCAAGCAAAAAUCUACUGGAACCUUGAAAAUUAUCCAAUGGUGGAAAAGAUCUUCCGCAAGUCUGUGGAAUUCUGCAAUGACCAUGAUGUGUGGAGGCUGAAUGUAGCUCAUGUUCUGUUCAUGCAGGAAAACAAAUACAGAGAGGCCAUCGGUUUCUAUGAACCCAUAGUCAAGAAGCAUUACGAUAACAUCCUGAAUGUCAGCGCUAUUGUGUUGGCUAACCUCUGUGUCUCCUACAUCAUGACCAGUCAGAAUGAGGAAGCUGAGGAGCUGAUGAGGAAGAUUGAAAAGGAGGAAGAGCAGCUGUCCUACGUUGACCCAGAAAAGAAAAUCUAUCAUCUCUGCAUUGUGAACUUGGUGAUAGGGACGCUCUAUUGUGCCAAAGGAAAUUAUGACUUUGGCAUUUCUCGAGUCAUCAAGAGCUUGGAACCUUACCAUAAAAAGCUGGGAACUGAUACCUGGUAUUAUGCCAAGAGAUGCUUUCUGUCCUUAUUGGAAAACAUGUCAAAGCACAUGAUAGUGCUUCGUGAUAGUGUUAUUCAGGAAUGUGUGCAGUUUCUAGAACACUGUGAACUUCAUGGCAGAGAUAUACCUGCUGUUAUAGAGCAACCUCUUGAGGAAGAAAGAAUGCACAUUGGAAAGAACACAGUCACAUAUGAGUCCAGGCAGUUGAAAGCUUUGAUUUAUGAGAUUAUAGGAUGGAAUUCGUAGAUAUAGCUGGUUUUGCUUUUUAUCAUAAUGUAAACUUUGUAAAUUUAUGUAAAUUUUGCAGUUUUAUCUGUUUAGCCUUUGGCAUGUUUAUAAUUGUUACAUGUAAAAUUUGUACAUUUUAGCAUUAUAACAAAAAUGUUAGAUAAAACUUGUUUUUGGAAUAUGAAAAAUAUUAAAUAGCCUUGUGCCAAGAAAGAGUUGUAAAAAUUCCAUAAGUAAUGACAGGUGUGUCUAUUAGUAUUUAUGGUAUCUAUUAAUUCUUUUUAAAUUUUGUUUUGAUGUAUAUUAAGGGGCCCUACACAUGUAUUCCUUUAGGAACCAGACACCAACUCCAGAACUCAAAAAUAGUUAAUCUAUAGAACAUGAAAGUUUUUAAUAGUCAUUUCUGGGAGAAUUUGCUUUAGUUUCAUAAUUUAUCCUCAUAAUUGUCUUAAUGUAUAAUGCAUAGUUUUAUAUAGUAUUUAAGAUGUUUUGAUAUUUAAGAUAUUUCUAAUGCUUUAACAAAAAUUCCCCAGGUUAUAAAUGACUUUAAUGUGCAAGAUUCAGUUGAUGAUGAUGUUCACUUAAAAUAUGGUGCUGUGGUAUAGAAGCAAUAAAUAAUUAUCAAAGAAACAAAUUUCCAUGAUUGUUUCUGUUAAUAAUGUGAAUAAAUGAACAAGAUACACUGUUA